AGUCUCCGUGAACGCGUCGUCGUGAGCGUCAGCGCGGGUCACUGCGAGCAAGGAGAAUUGUACACGGGGGAACACGACCGGAUGUCGGUCUUUCUUUACAUUCGCAAAAGAAUUAUUGCUGACUCCGCGGAUUGAUUUUUUGGAAUGGAGAAACAUAAGGAGUAUAUAUAGUGUAAGGACGCGCGAGAGAAAAAGGACAGAAGCGAAGCGGUCACGAUCGCGGCGAGGCGGUUCGCGAUCACACGAGAUAUAAUAUCGACUCGGCGAUUGUGACGACCCGCCUGACCUGUUGCAACUUUGUCAAUAAAAUUGAUAUUGCACAAAUUGCGCGCCAAUCUUGUUGAGAUUCCUAGAAAGAAACUGCCAGUUUGAAUUGACCGUGGAAGUAUUACAAAUAUUCAUGACGGUCAGAAUCAUCGGGAUAGAGUCAAAACGCUAUUUGGACGCUCGUCCAAAAUAUUUGACGAAGACACAUUGUCAAUGAUACAUCAAAAUUGUCGACCGGCAGGUUGUCAACUAAACUCACAAGUGUCAGACUGUCAGUGUUAUAUACAGUAAUGUCGGUGAUUUCAACGUACAAAGCGUUCUCGAUAUUCAGUGAACUCGAGUAAAUCGCCCGCGGAUUAAAUCGUGGUUCAAAUCAAAGACUGAAGAAGAGGUUCGAAAGAGACUUCCACAUCUCAACUGCCACAUCGGACUCGCGGUGAGAAAAAAUGCGUUUAUUCGUGGAAAUUCUUAUUAUCUUCCUCGUAGGGGGUAUCGCGGCCGAAUGGUCGAUCAACCCCCUGAUGAGAGUGUGGUACACAUUCCUCCCCCAUUCGCCGUCCGAACGAUCGUCGACCGACAAAGGAAACGACUGCGCCGGUUGCGCGCAGAAUAAAGUCAACGUCGGGAUCGAUCCCGACCCGUUGUUGACCGAGCUGAGAGUGGAGUACGUGAAGCAGCAGAUCCUCAAGAAGCUGCGGCUGUCAAAGCCGCCCGAGGUCUCGAUGCCGUUGUCGACCUUGCCUAAACCUUUAAUCAACGGCAACGUGCUACGGCCCGACUUGGAGAGACCGGCGGAGAACUUCUACGGGAAAACCAACCAAGUCGUCGUGUUCCCAACCGAAGGUGUAGCCGAUUCAGCGAAAUAUCGUCACAACUUGAAUCACAUAACGGGGUUCAAUUCGGCGGCUCAUUUCACGUUUUACCUGUCGAACGAGAUGCUGUACGUCGACGUGACCUCGGCGGAGCUUUGGUUCUACAAGGAACAGGUCGAGAACGACGAUGAGCUCAAGCAGACAUUCGUGCUAUCCGAACUCGAUCACUGGGACCAGGGCGGAAGAUUCGAAAAGAACACCGUCAUGGCAAUCUUCGAGACCGACAUCAGAGAGGGCUGGGUAAAGACAGACAUAAAAUUUAUGGUGAAGAAAUGGAUAGGCCGACACCGAUUGAACCACGCUAUCCAGAUAGCUUGCACGACCUGCUCGACCGAUCGCGACCGAGCGCCGGUGUCCGCCGAGCAGAGUCUGAAACCGUUCCUGGUGAUCCACACGGAGCCGUUGCCGCAGCGGAACAGGCCCAAGAGGCACUCGAAUUGCCUGCCCGACACGACGGAGUGCUGUCGGGACGAGCUCUACAUUAAUUUCAGGGAUAUCGGCUGGAGCGACUGGAUCUUACAUCCGAGCGGAUAUCACGCGUACUUCUGCCGGGGAUCAUGCUCCACAGCGGCUUCCUUAACCGUUAGCGGCUCGCACUACAACAACGUUAUCAUGAAAUAUUUGACCACGGAAUCGGGGCAACGAAAGAACAAGAUAGUGCCGUGCUGCUCGCCGACGCAGCUCGCCCCGCUCCAGCUGCUCUACAUCGACACGAACAACACGAUCACGCAGAAAACGUUGCCGAACAUGGUGGUGGAGGCUUGCGGUUGCAUGUGACGCCGCUGCCUCGAAGGGCGAGUGGAGGGUGAGUAGAAGCACUAUCGUCGGUGACGAGACAAAAAGACGAGGACCAACAUCUCACGCCACCACGUCCAAGACUAUCGCUCGCGCAUAAUCGUCGUGAAACCGAAUCCUGCAGGUUGGACGCUCGCAAAAUCCGUUCGUCUCGAUGCGAACGCGAAGAAGUCAGUCGCGCGGAAACGUACGACAGCGAUGAUCGCCGGCUUCGAGAUGGCAGGCUGAUUAAAGAUAGGGACACGCUAUUGUUAUCGUCACUCUCCCUCACGUUGCAUUGUAAAUGAUGUUAAUAAAGUAAAUAUUAUUUAUAAAAUUAAUGAAAUUAUCAUAGAUUCGUAGAAUUUCUGCUUUUUCAUUUUAUUCGCCAGCUGUGCGGGUAUUUAUAAUCUACAUUUUAUCAAUAUUCUGUGAAUCAUAAUUUUUUUAUCCUACACACGCGGUAUGACGUAAUUUUUACACGUACAAAUCAUGUUGAUAAAAAGACGUGAAUAAAGAUAUUUAUGCCUAAUCAUGUCACAUGAGAAUGCGAUGACAUUCAUUUCAAUAAAAUGUCUCGUUUGGCUCGAACGAUUUAGUUCACAAGAAUUACUGCACAUAUAUUACGUCUUUUUUUUAAUAUCAAACGUGAGAAGCGAAAAUACAAUUGAUAUAUUCGUUCGAUAACGCAAUACAACAAAAUACGGGCUUGCGUGAUGUAACAAUGGUGUGUUCCCGAAACCUGAAAUCCUUUAGGUUGAUUGCCCAAGCCACGAGAUCGACUCGAGCUAACGCUUGCGGCGCCAGGGGAAAUUAAGGCGUAAAUUAAGGCGAGCCGAAGCGUGGAGAGAGCUCGUUACGUAUUUUAGCGUAAAUACCGACACCCCUCCGCGUGCCGCGCCGUACGUCUACGAGGCCGAUAGCGAAGAGACCUUUCGGGCAAUUUCGACAAUAAGCUUUACCGCGCGCGCGCCUUCCCAGCUGCGUCUGACUACGUAUAAGGCCGUUUCUACUGCAAAUCACCGCCGAAGAUAUUUCAGCUUCCAUGUGAAGAAUCCCUAGAUUACGGAUUCUGACUGAUUAGCUUUCAGCGAUGCGAUAUGAUUUUUAUAAAGGUGAAUUUUUAUAUGAAUAUGCUAAUAUUUGUAGUGAAAAUUGUAUUAUAUUUCCUAAUCUAAUUCCUUACGAAAAAACAUAAUGGAAAAAGAGAAGCGAUUUUUGCGAAAAAAUAUGGCCUCAAACUCGGCCUCUCACCUAAGACAGAUACUCUAAUUUCAAUUUCAAAUUAUCGUCACAUUUCGAGGAAUCUGUAAAUAAUGCACACUAAUGCUAUCGCUGAGAUAACGUUUCAUGAAUGGAUUAUAUCAAUCAAGUCAAUUGCUUUUAAUCUGUUCAGUCACGUUUGACAUCAAACAUUUAUGAAAGAUACGUCUAACUAUAAGCAAAUUUGCCGUUGAACUUUGCACGUCGUAAUUUCAGCGUCUCUGAAAAAAAAAAGUGGACAGUGGUAAUAAAGUUACGCGAUAAAUACUCCUCUCGACGAUAUGACGACAAUUUAGAUAGAGCCGACGAUACGACAAACAACUCGCUAGAAGCCGUACAGUAUUUUCUCACUAUCUAACGCACAAUCCGAAACUGUUAUACCGACCCCAGGCUUAACUGUAUUUAGUUUAAGAAGCGUGAUAAGUAUGUUCGUAAAUUUUAUUUAUUGCUAAAAUAGGAUUAAAAACGUCGUCACCUUCACGUUGACGGAUUAGCGGCCCACGGCUAAAAAGCAAGGAUAUAAUGCAAUGACAAUUACUCUACGAAGUAAAUACGUGCGAUUAUGGCAUAGUAGUAUAUUAUUAAGCGGCACGCUAAGCGCCGACUGUAGUUGACACGUCGAGAUAAACGGCGAGUGGCUUGAUUGCGUCGAAAAUUGUCGGUGCAAUUAAACGCGGCCCGAUAAUAUCGAUAUACAUUUUCUUCCUUUUGAAAAUUUUACUCGUAUUGAGCGCAAGACAAGUGAUAUAUCAAUCGAUUUUCUCCGCAUUCGAGUGCCGUUAAAAUUACGCGAAACCGACGAGAUAGAUUCUUAUCAUCUCAUAUUUUAGUUAUAAACUUCCAAGCCGCCUUAAUCAAUCUUAAGUCAGAAUAAUAUAUAGCUGCUAAAAAUAUUACGAAGCUUUUAUUAUUUCUUUAAAGCGCUGCAAGAUAAAGUUUUUCAUUAGAUAUAGAUUUAUUCAAAUAAAUCAAUACACUCUCGA